AGGAUCCAUGUGUGUGCAUCUGGCUGCGAGUGACCCAUUGAAAACUGGCAGUCGUGGUACUAACUGCUUUGAAACAGCAGCCUUCUAGCAUCGGGCUUUGUUCUGCAUCGGUGAAGAUGCACGUCCCCGGAGCUGCUUGGUAACUGGAGCUUUCCCUUGACCAGUACCCUGUUCUUUUUUGACUUGCUUAUUUCUUACUGCCAUGUCAUCUCCGGGAGCCACUGAGAAUACGCAGAAGAAUUCACCUGAGCUAGAUGCUGAACAUGCACAGAAGGUUUUGGAUAUGGAGCACACCCAACAGAUGAAGCUAAAGGAACGUCAGAAGUUCUUCGAAGAAGCCUUCCAGCAGGACAUGGAACAAUACCUUUCUACAGGAUACUUGCAGAUAGCAGAGAGGCGAGAACCGAUUGGAAGUAUGUCUUCCAUGGAGGUGAAUGUGGACAUGCUGGAACAGAUGGACCUAAUGGACAUGUCUGACCAAGAGGCACUCGAUGUCUUUUUAAACUCGGGAGGCGAAGACAAUAAUAUGCUUUCUCCUAUGCUGGGGCCCGACUCCAGCACCUACGUGAAUGAGAUCAGUCUUCAGGUUCCCAGCCAGUCCGAAUUACGACAGAAGCUGUCUUCACUGUCAUCCACCUGUACCGACUCUGCCAGCCAAGAUGCAAGUGAAGGAGAGUCUCCAGUUGUUCAGUCUGAUGAAGAGGAAGUUCAAGUGGACACUGCUCUUGCUGCUGUAGCUGAAAGAAAGGGUGCUUCAGAUGUUAGUGAUGAAAGUGACUCUCAAACUAUUUGAAUCUUAAAACCAUAUCCUUUAAGAAUGACUUCUGAAUGAAUGAACAAGUGAAUGAAGAGCUUGCCUGUGUAACAAUUUGCUAACCCAGCAUAACAGCCAGAUCUUUUUACUCUAGUAAUACAGCCUUUUUACAAAAUUGCCAGUUACAUGGAGGUUGGGUUUAAAAAAAAAAAAAAAAAAAAAAAAAAGCCUAAAGCACACACACUUUAACAGUACUCUUGGGGCUCAGGGGAGCCGUAAAACUGUUGUAUAUACUAUGUAUAAGAGAAUUGAAGGGGAAAGAUACAAGUUACUUUGACCACUAACCUUUAAAUGGCUGAUUGGAAAUACUUAAGACUUGAUUGUGUAAUACUGAACCCAAGUUGUUCCUUGCAUGUUUUCAGCUGCUGCAACUGAAAGUUUAGGAUCCACACCAAAAUGAAAAGUUAUUUUCUACUCUUUACUACCUACUGUCUGCCCACUGCCUUUGUCUACUAAUGCAGCAGUGUCUACUCUCUCACAUUUCUUAUUCAGGACCAACAUAGUUAUCAUAGGUAUUAAGGAAAAAAAAAAAACAAAACAAAACAAAAACAAACAAACUGAAAAGGAGGAGAGAUGCACAUUGAAAUGUUACGCUCCUCACGGAGCAAAUAUCUUAGCAUUGUAUAAACUUACUCCUCUUUUGAGAUAAAAUAAAGUAUUUCUAUCCC